GCUUGCGCCCCGUACAACUUCGGGCAACCACAUCACGAGAGCAGUCAUUUUCCUCCAAAAUGGCACUCUGAUCGGUAGUCGUCACGCACCGCAAAGAAAUCGCCCCGGAAAAAGGACACCAUUGCGGUUCCAUUCCACCAGUGAAAAAGUGAUAAUUCGUUACUAGUUCCAUCGCUGCAUCUAAUAUUACUUCACCGGUUUAAAACGUGGUCGAGGCACAUGUAGUGAAUAAUCAAACCAUCAGUAAAAUCACUGAAAGUCUUCCAAAAUAUUUAAACUAGCAUAUUGAUAAAGGUUGCAUAUAUUGUAAAACAACAAAGUAAAGCUAAUCUGUAUUUAGUAUAUAUCUUAUAACGUUAAGUAAAUAGUAACAAAUUCACAAGCAAGAAAAAUCAAAACGGAAAAGAUGUCUUUCCUGAACAACCUUCGCUCGAUGCCUCUGCCACCGGUGAAGAACGUCCUGAACGUGGCCAUGCAAACCGCACGCCAGACGAUUCCUUCGAAAAACAAACAAAGCGACUACGAGCAACCGGGUGGGGAAAAUCUAGGACCAGUGACUGGCGUGCGGUCACCACCGCAAGUACCACCACGGCCACAAAAUGUCCACUUUGCGGUAACAGAUGGAGACACUGGUGGAACGACCGAAUUGAAUCCGUUGAAUCCGUUUACCAACCCGAAGGCAUACUACCAGGAGGGAACUGAUCAACCGUCCGCUGGACAGUACCAAGAAACGGGAUUCAACCAACCAAGCGAUUUCGAGAAUGGAUAUCAAGCGGGCGGCUACCCACCGAGGCAAGGAAGCGUACAAUCAUUUGGAUCGGAUAGUACAUUUGCCGGUGGUUGUGAAGGAGAGGCACCCGGAGGAAUGAAAAUCAAUGAAUACCAGGCAGCGUGGAACGUUACAAAUGCCAUCCAGGGCAUGUUCAUCGUAUCACUUCCGUUUGCUGUUCUUCGUGGAGGCUACUGGGCCAUCAUAGCCAUGGUAGGAAUCGCGUACAUCUGCUGUUACACCGGGAAAAUUCUAGUGCAAUGUCUGUAUGAACCGGAUCCGCAAACUGGUGAACCCGUGCGAGUCCGUGACAGCUACGUGGCUAUCGCCAAGGUAUGCUUCGGAAAGAAAAUCGGUGCCCGGGUGGUAAGUAUAGCGCAGAUCAUCGAACUGCUGAUGACCUGCAUAUUGUACGUGGUAGUCUGCGGUGAUCUGAUGGCCGGUUCGUUCCCCGAUGGUGCACUGGACACCAGAUCGUGGAUGAUGCUGUGCGGUAUAUUCUUACUCCCAUUGGCUUUCCUCAAAUCGCUUCACCAUGUCUCGUUGCUGUCGUUCUGGUGCACGAUGUCGCAUCUGUUGAUCAAUGCAAUCAUCGUUGGCUACUGUCUACUGGAGAUUGGCGACUGGGGCUGGAGUAAGGUCAAGUGGCGAAUGGAUUUUGAGAACUUUCCAAUCUCGCUUGGUGUUAUUGUCUUCUCCUACACGUCGCAAAUCUUCCUCCCGACGCUGGAAGGAAACAUGGAGGACCGUUCAAAAUUCAACUGGAUGCUCGACUGGUCACACAUUGCCGCAGCUGCAUUCAAAGCCCUUUUUGGUUACAUUUGCUUCCUGACGUUCCAAAAUGACACCCAGCAGGUGAUUACAAAUAACCUGCACUCACCUUCCUUCAAAGGUUUGGUCAAUUUCUGCUUGGUGAUCAAAGCGAUCCUCAGUUAUCCACUGCCAUUCUUUGCCGCGUGUGAACUGUUGGAGCGGGCGUUCUUCCGCGGAAAACCAAAGACCCUGUUUCCAGUCGUUUGGGAACUGGAUGGGGACUUGAAGGUCUGGGGUCUUGCAUGGAGAUUGGCUGUCAUUCUUGGAACGAUCAUGAUGGCUAUCUUUAUUCCGCACUUUUCGAUCCUGAUGGGUUUCAUUGGCAGCUUCACGGGUACGAUGUUAAGCUUCAUCUGGCCGUGUUACUUCCAUUUGAAACUCAAGGGUCACCUGCUGGAUCAGAAACAGCGUGCGUGCGAUUAUUUUAUCAUAUUUUUGGGCGUUUUGUUCGGCGUGGUCGGAAUCUAUGAUUCCGGUAGCGCUCUUAUCAAAGCAUUUGAAAUUGGUCUUCCGUUCUAAAACCCACAUGCUUCCAAGAUCGUAUUGUAUAGUUUAAUGUACCAGUUGUUGAUAAAGUUAAGAUGCUUAGUUGAAAUGUUUUUCAUUUAGCAACGCAAAUUCAGCAAUUAUAUAUAAAUAGUGUUGAAGAAUUAUAAAAUCGAACUUCCCGCAGCCAAACUAGAAUUAGAUCCACUUAGAAACCACCUAUGAUACCAUACGGGAACGGAACUAAUAUGAGUUGAAACGAAAGACAAAACCGUAAGAGCUGUAGGUAUACUGAGUUCAACGCACGCAGUUUAAAUUAAGACAUAUCCUAAGCAAACAAAAUGUAUAAAACCAGAACAGAAUUCAUGCGAGACAAACAGUAAUGUUAAGAAAAUAAUUCCAAUUCAUUGUUGAAAACAAAAAGAAACGAACAAAAAUGAUCAAUGUCUUCCUAAAUGUAUGAACGGUCAGCUAAACCAAAUCGAAUAAUAAUCCAACUGUCUUCCAGAUUGUAGAAUAUGCUUAUAUUCUGCAACAAGAACAAACCAAGAUUCCACAGGUGUUAAGAAUACAUUAAAUAGUUAGUAAUUGAACGAAAAGAAUAAAAAAGACAAACGCAAUAACCUAACAUCAUAAUAGCUACUUUUAGUAGUGCAGAAUGGCGUGUGAAGAACUCGAAAGAAGGAAAUCAUUUCACCGUGUAAUGACAAUAAAAGAUUAAAACAAUACAGUAUUUAAACGAUAUAAAUAUAUUUACUAACCUUAUUAUUCUAUUGAUUGAGAAACGGUGUGGAAAACUUCAACCUAACCCGAUAAGCAAAAGUGUUGAAUCCUACAGCCAUUAGUAAUAGGAGCUAAGAAAAAGGAGUGUUUUCGACAUUUUAAAUUAUCAGUAGCAAUUUAUUGAAACAACAAAUCUGACGGUAACAAUGUCUUCCAGCAGUGGCAUAAGCUGCACAUAUUUAAAUUCGUAUUGUUGAAAAGGAAUCCAAUCGCUUCCAAAAACCCAGUUGAUUUGUACGGGUUAGUUUUAUGAAUUAUUUUACUAGAAAAAAUACAACCGCUAGACCUACUCUAAAACAUUUUUUUCAGUUUGUUCAAUAGAUCGCUAAUGUAUUGUUAUGUUAUAUUUAACCGCCAAAUGUUAUACAAAGUGUAAACUUAUAUUACUGUAUUCAACGUAACAAUAUAGGUGUCCAAAUAAAUAGUUAUCUGAAA